UUGUGCCAUUACAUGUUUUUAUUGAAGUUUUGUUUAUUGCGAGGAAACUUUCUGCCAAGGAAUGUAUUAUACAGCAUCAAUUUUGACAGCAUAAUUUGCCCUUUGCAAUAUAUAUUUCCAAACAACAAUAGAAGACCACACCAGACUGAUCAACUUAAUGCCAAAUGGAGGAAUCCGCUUUGCCUAUAGAUGUUUGCCGCACAUGUGGAGCAGAAGAUGGGGUGGUAGCUAUAUUUGGUGAGGAGGGAGAAGAAAUGCAGUUAGCUGAGAAAAUUAAUUCCUACUUGCCCAUUACAGUGUUACAGGAGGACAAACUCCCUCUGGCUAUCUGCCAGCAGUGCAUCAGUCGACUUGAAAGUUGUCACCUCCUGGUGUUGUCUUGUCUGGACACAGACGAUCGUCUCAGACAGAUCCUGUCAGAGGGUGGGGAUAUUCCUAAAUUUGAAAAGGAGUUCCAGAAUGUCCCAGACUCCACUGAUGAUUUGUUGAUUUCAAACAAAGAGAACAACUCGGGUGCUCAGAUAAGCUUGACUAACAUUUUAACUCAAGAUGGAGAAACAUCAGGUUUGGUGGCACCAAAUGUAUAUGUGAUUCCAUCCAUAACAAAACCUGUUAUUAGAGAAAACACGUUUUCAACACCCCUAGAUCGCUCAGCCAGUUGUGGUUACUUCUGCGAUGGUUGCAACAUUUGGUACAAGCAGCGAAAAAGGUUCAUGGCACAUCAGUUGAUCUGUCCAAUGAUGAAAACAUUUGAGUGCCUCUCGUGUGACUAUGAGGCUAAAGACAAAGCUGAUCUUGGAAGACAUACAAAAUUGCACAGUGCUAUUCCAGAGGAACUUGCGAGUAAGACUUUGCAAAAUGAGUGCAUCAUAUGCAAAAGAGUUCUAUCGACCAAGAUGGCGCUUAAACUCCACUUAAGAACCCAUUCUGGUGAAAAACCCUACAGUUGUCAAUACUGCAAGAAAACGUUUGCCCAGAAAAGUGCACUUAAAUACCACGAAAAAACUCACGUCGAUACCAAACCUUUCUACUGUAGAUUUUGCAAUAAGGGAUUCAACGGGAAGAUGGUGUGGGAGAAUCACGAAAGGAUACACACCGGGGAACGCCCUUAUCAGUGCGUUGUGUGCAAUGUGCGUUUUAGGUGUCUGGCGAAUCUCAGACAGCACCAGCCGAUCCACAGUGAAGAGAAAUCUUUUAAAUGUCCUGUGUGUCCGAAAAUGUUUCGUAGACCAGAAAAAGUGCGGAUACACCUUCGUACCCACAACGGGUGA